AUGUUUGCAGCUGCUCAGGAGAGUCACAACAGCAAGGGUGGCGCCGAGCAGGCAGUGCCACAGCGCUGGGAGUCGGAGCCCUUUUGGGCUCCCGGCGGGCGGGGCGGGGAGGUCCGGGCGGUCCCUGCGCCCCAGGGCUCCCGGCGGGCGGGGCGGGGAGGUCCCCACGCCACCGGGCGCAGCGGUUGGCUGGCGCGCGCCCAACCCCGGGCAUGCCGCGCGGGGCGGCGGGACGCGGUGACAGCCCAGUCUGGGGCCGGCCGGAGCCGGGCCGCGGGCGGGGCGGGGGCGUCUGCGCGCGGGGUCCCCGCGGAGGGCGGCAUGGCGUCGGGGUGCACGUGCGGCGUGGAGGACCUGCUGUUCGGCGGCGGCCGCCUCGCGUGGGGCCUGGCGGCGGCGGCGCUGCGGCGCUGGUCGGGCGAGCGGCUGCGGGCGUGCGGGCAGGCGCUGCGCGCGUGGUGCGGGCUGCGCGCCGUGUACCAGAUGACAGAAGGCAGGCACUGCCAGGUGCACCUCCUGGACGACAGGAGACUGGAGCUGCUGGUUCAGCCCAAACUUUUAUCGAGAGAGUUGCUGGACCUGGUGGCUUCACAUUUCAACCUGAAAGAAAAGGAGUACUUUGGAAUAACGUUUACAGAUGACUCGGGCCAGCAGGACUGGCUGCAGCUGGACCACCGGGUUCUUGACCACGACUUGCCCAGGAAACCAGGCCCGGCCAUCCUGCACUUCGCCGUGAGGUAUGUCUCUGUAGACGCGUCCCUCUUCAUUUAUCUCUUUCCGCUUUUUGUGGGUUUUUUUUUUUUUUUCGUCUCUUUGAACAUUUUUGGUGAUCAGAGAGAAUAAAAAGAGAAGGGACCUAACAAGACAUUAUUAUGCGGAAGGGAUUCUCCACUGGCUUGGUCUGGGGGCCACGUUGCCAGAGAUGCUCUGGGGAGUUUUCUUGGAGCAUGACGGAUAGAAACAUCCUUCCUUUAUUGCUCAAAGCCUCUUAGAUCCAUUUAAAGCUGAAAAAACGUGGGUGAUGUAUUUUAAUACCUAAGCCUGCUCCUCACUCAACGUACUUUUAGUGUUUUUACUGUUUGAAAGAUGGCAGGCAUUUGCUAUUGUUUUUAUGUAGGAAUCAUGUUUUCUAGAGACUUGGAAAUAAUUGAAUUUUAUGCAGUUUCAUGCCUUCAUUCAAAUAGAAGAUAAAAUGCAAACAAAUGCUCACACAACGAAUUAUCUGAACAGUGUG